AUGCUUCUGCUCCAACAACGGGAGCAGAAGCAGGGGCAGCAGCAGAAGCAGCAGCAGCAGCAGCAGCAGCAGCCGCAGCAGCAACAACACCAGCAGCAGCAACAGCAGCAGCAGCAGCAGCAGCAGCAGCAGCAGCAGCAGCAGCAGCAGCAGCAGCAGCAGCAGCAGCAGCAGCAGCAGCAGCAGCAGCAGCAGCAGCAGCAGCAGCAGCAGCAGCAGCAGCAGCAGCAGCAGCAGCAGCAGCAGCAGCAGCAGCAGCAGCAGCAGCAGCAGCAGCAGCAGCAGCAGCAGCCGCAGAAUGUGCCAGUGUCAGUACUGGGCGGCGUGGUGCCGUCACACGAAUCACUUCACCCGUGUGGUGUGGGAGGAGCGGGCGGAGAGAAGGUCCUGCUGCAGUGUCAGACCACGGGCAGCUAUGGCAGCCGCUGCAGCAGCAGUGGCAGCGACUUGGUGCCUCCUGCCUCUGUGGCCCCUCGUGUGGCCCCAGGCUAUGAGCCUAUUUCUGAGUCAACUCAAAAAGCCUCUGUGGCCCCUCGUGUGGCCCCAGGCUAUGAGCCUAUUUCUGAGUCAACUCAAAAAGCCUCUGUUGCCCCUCGUGUAACCCCAGGCUAUGAGCCUAUUUCUGAGUCGACCCAAAAAGCCUCUGUUGCCCCUCGUGUGGCCCCAGGCUAUGAGCCUUCUGUUGCAGCAGCAGCGGCUCCUUUAGUAGCUGCUCCAUUAGUGGCUGCUUCCUUAGUAGCUCCUGGCUCUGUGGCUCCUGCAGAUUCUUGCAUGGGAGCAGCAGCAACAGCAGCACCAACAGCACAAGAAGCAGCUGCUGGACUGCGGGUCCAAGGGCCUGGCUCUGGUGUUGAGGCAGGUUUUGGAGGAAGCAGGGCAGCAGUGUUUCUGGGGAGCUUUGAGAGCUGCACUGGCGUUGAGGCAGUGCCCCCUGCUGCUCCAGGCCACCUGCACCAGACGCUGCUCCUGCAGCAGCAGCAGCGGCAGCAACAGCAGCAACAACAACACUACCAGCAGCAACAACAGCAGCAUCACUCACAGCAGCAGCAGCAGCAGCAGCAGCAGCAGCAGCAACAGGAGCAGGUAAAUGACCAGAAGGAGCAGCAGCAGGUGUUUUCUCAGGUGCCUCCUGAGCAGCAGUGGCACGGUCGGUCGCGGUCAUCAACGGCGUUCCUCUCGCUCUCCCCCUUCUCCUUCUCCCAAGCCUCGACGUCUGUCGCGAGUUCCCCUCUCGGGACUCAUCACGCGUCGGACGUAGGCUCUAGUGCCGCCAGCCCGCACCUUUCAUCCGCUGACGUGGCAGCAGCCGGUUCUCUCGCCGGUCCUGCGGCUGCCACGUCAGCGUCCCCCAGCCCGCGCUUGCUGGCGCCGCCGGACGGCCUACAGCCGUCCGCGUUAUUCGCUAAGAGCAGGCGCGCCAAAGGCAGCCAUUCUCGCAGCCGUAGCUUAUCCGAGCCUUUCUGGUUCCUCGGCCAAGCCUCAGGUUUGGACCUGAAAAGCCCGAGCCGGUUCAGGUUCGGGCCCAGGGCGUUUUCGGUGAGCGGAGGAGGCGGGGAGGGGGAGGGGGAGGGAGGAACAAUGGGUGCAGGUGCGUCAGGAGCAGGUCUUAGUGACUCUGGGGGAUUCUCGUCAGGGGACGAUGCUCUGAGGGGAAUGAGUAGACGAACCGGACGAAACCCAGAAGGAAGCGGCGCUGCCGGUAUUACUGGGAGUUGGAGGAGAAGCCGCAGCAGAGGACGCGCGUUGAGUCCUAUACGAUCCGGCAGUUUUGACCGCUCACACGGUGACACGUGUCACUCCGUAAUUUCCGACCGCGUAUCUUUCUCCGCCAACGCCCUUCCGCCGCUCGCCAUUCCCGCUUCCACCAGCCUCGACGACACUCCGCAAACCAGCCCCUUGCCCGGGGGCGGCGGUGGCGGAAGGUCCUCCCGCCUCCAGUCGUUCUCCCCCAAGUUUCUUCCGCCAAUUCCCGCGCGCACUGGCGCGGGCGGAAGCGGAUUCAGCCCAUGCGGAAGCCCGCACUCGAGCAGGGGCGCGGGGAGCGCGACGGGAAGCGCGACGAAUAGUUGCGCGAAUAGUCCGCGGAUGCCUUUCAGUCCGCUGCGGUGGGCGGGACUAGGCGCGUUAGGGUUCCGCACUUCGUCUAGUCUGAAAGCGAGCAUGGGCGGGGGCGGGGGCAGGGGCGGGCUGGGGAGCGGAAGCGGGAGUGGGGGAGGAGAGGAUGAUUUACUUGUGAGUGAUGAGGGAGGGGGAGCGGCGGGAAUCGGCGGAGGGGUUGUGGGAGACGGCGGGGGCGGGGGCCGGCGGGUGAGAAUUCAGCCUGGUACCGGCGGAGGGGGAGGCGGAGGGAUAGGGGGAGGGGCAGGAGGGGGUCGAAGGGAGCGAGCGCACAGGAGAUCGUUAUCUGUUGAUUUCGUGUCGCCUUUAUUCGCCCCUCUAAUGGCCGCGCGCAAUCCGUUCUCCCCAAAGCCGCCCAUCUUCCACCAAGCUGGUAACCCUCCUCCGCGUGCGCAUGUCUUCAUCUCCCCCUCCUCAUCCGCCACGUCCCCGCAUCCCGCGGCCAGUUGGGCGGCUGCGGAUUCAUCCCCUUCCCCCUCCUCCGGACGCCUCUCCGCGCAUUCCGCCCACGCCCUCCCCUCGCCGUCCGCCCACGGCCUCCCCUCGCCCUCCGCCCACCCUCUCCCCUCACCCUCCGCCCACCCCCUCCCCUCGCUUUCCGCCUACCCACCCCCCUCGCCCGCCGCCCAUCCGCUCCCCUCACCGUUCGCGCACUCGCGGCCGCCCCGCCCCGCCUCCCCGCUCCAGUCUUCCCCCCACCCUCGUUCCGCGGACUCUAUUCGCCUGCUUGACUUUGGUGGAACGAGGGGGGGCGAGGCGUGUGGAAGAGAGAGGGACGGGGAGUGCGAGGGGGAGAGCAGCGGGGGAGAUUGCAGCAGCAGUGUGCUUCGAUCGCCAAGAAUACCAACAGCAGGAGGAGGUGCAGGUGGAGAGAGAGGAAGAGGAGGAGGAGGAGAGGGAGAAAGCGCAGAAUCAGGAUGGGAAAAAGGGCAGCGGAAGAAGGCAGGGUGGGGUGGCAGCGCGUUUGGUAGAAGCAGCACUUUCGCCCCUUUUGGCCCUUCCAAGCUGAUCCCAACGGGCCGCAGGCAUAGAAAAAGCGCUUCACUAAGCACCUUUCCAUCCAUAGUGGAGCACUCCAUAGCGGAGCAUUGUGUGCUGGCGCAAGGAGACGCAGAGGGGCUGGGGAGCGGGUCGGAUUUGGGGGAAAGGUGGGACGGCGGAAGGGGGAGUGUGGGGGGUGGGGAGGGGAAAGGCGUGGGAGGAGCUAAUAUCCCUGCGCUGAUGACAAAAUCCGUAAGCUACAAUAUCUCUGUAAGUAACACGCUUAGCCAAGAGCCGGAUGGGAGAAGAGGGAGUGUGGGGAGUGGGGAGGGGAAGGGCGUGGGAGGUAGUAGCCCUUCGCUGAUGAAGAAGUCUGUGAGCUACAAUAACUCGGUAAGUGAAACGCUUAGCCAAGAGCCGGAUGGGAGUGCGGACGCACAGAGGCAGGGCGCCGGCAGGAAAUUCUGGGGCAUAUGGGGGCGGAGGAAAGGAGGAGAAACAGGAGCAAGGAGAGGGGAAAGUGGAAGGGAAGAAGAAAGGGACAGAGGAGGGGAAGGAGCAAGGGAGGCAGGAGGGGAAGGCAUGGGAGACGAGCGUUACUCUUCAGACUCACAAUCAGCUCUCAACUCGCGACCAGUUUCGGGUUCCUCCCAGGCCCUUGCAAGAGCGUUAGCAAAAACGGGGUCUGGCAGGGGCAGGUCCCGAGAGGGCAGCUUCAAGGAGUUUCUCAAGGGGCGGUUCAGCCCUCCCCGGGUCGAGCUGUUGCCGGAUACUUGUCUGCUGGAUCCGGGUGUGUACGAACCGGGACUGCUGGACGGGCGUGGGGGAGAGGGAGGCGGGGAGGACGAGGCUUCGUUGCUGCCGCUGUCGCCCACGGGUAUGCCCGUUGCUGCUCUCUCGCAACAGCAUCAUUACCAGCAGCAUUAUGAGCAGCAGCAGCAGCAGCAGCAGCAGCAGCAGCAGCAGCAGCAGCAGCAGCAGCAGCAGCAGCAGCAGCAGCAGCAGCAGCAGCAGCAGCAGCAGCAGCAGCAGCAGCAGCAGCAGCAGCAGCAGCAGCGGCAGCAGCGGCAGAAGCAGCAGGAGCAGCAGUCUCGCCAGUCGCGAGAGAAUCACUCUCGUGUGGGAUGUGGGAGGGCUGGGAGCAGUGGUGAUACUGGGCCUGGCAUCACAGCGUUCUCCCUGCCCUCAACUCCCACAUCCCGGGAAACAGCCUCCCUCACAGGAGUGGGCGGGCGGAAAGCAGCAGCAGCAGGAGGAGGGGGAGCAGGGGGAGCGGUUAAGGAGCAAGCGUUUCUCUCGUCCUCCCUGUCGUCGCUGCAGUCUCGAAAGCCCUGGGGCAUCAUACCCCACACCUCCUCUGCUGCUGAUGCAGCCGGUGCAGAGGAAGAGGAGUCCAUCCCUCACCUGCCCCAUCUCUUGCACCACCUGCUCCAACACUCCACCACAGGCACCAGCAGCAGCCCCACGGCUGCACGCAGAGAGGGCCCGGAUGAAGAGCCUGGGGAAUCUGCUAACAAUGGCUUGGCUGUAGCUGAACCGGGUGCUACAGCAGCUGCAGCUGCUCGCCUGUCGCUCCUGCUGACCCCGCCACCAGGAGAGUCGGAUAUUUCGGUUGACAGCCCUGCUGCCGGCCUUAGGGUGUUUGUAGGAGCGUCUUCAGGUGCUGCUGCUGCCUCAGGUGCUGCUUCAGAUGUCGCUUCAGGUGCUGCCACUUCAGAUCCUGCUUCUGCUGGUUCAGGUGUUUCUGUGGCAAAUGCUCCUGUUUCAGGUAUCGAGUCAGGUGAAACCACAACUUUAGAGGCAAGCAGCAAAGGGAAAGCAGCAGCCGAAUCAGCACCAAAAGUCACGUCAACAGCAGUAACAAGCAACACAUUAAACGGGACAGGGACAGAAGCAGGGGUAUCAGCAGCAGCAGCAGCAGCAGCAGCAGCGCCAGCAGCAACAGCAGCAGCUCUCCCCAGUUCUCUUCACCUAUCCUCUCUUCGCCGCCCGGCCUCAGCCCAAAGCCCGCUAUCUUCCAACUCCCGCCACCGUCGGGCGGCGUCAGAAGCCCGCGAUUUCCUCAACGAGCUGGGAGCGCGCCGCCCGGCCUUCAUGAACAGUGUCGCAAAGUGCGGCCAGCGGUCGGCGCAGCACGGCAGGAGUGCUUCUGUAGCGGUGCUUUCAGGGGCGGGAGGCAGGGGAGGCGUGGGUUUAGGGGAUGGGGUUUGGGGCGGCAAGGUUGCUGAUGGUGAUAUGAUUGGUGCUGGUGAUGGUGGUGAUGGUGAUAUGGAUAGGAUUGGUGUUGAUUGUGGGAAUGCUGGUUUGGAGAAGUUUCCAAGAAACAGCAGCAGUGGGGAUGGUGGCAGGGGUGAAAAGGGCCAGAGGAGUCGGCUUGGGCGGCAUCGGUCGUCUGCUUCCUUGGAGAUGCCGCACCGGCCGUUCACUGCUGAGAGCUGGCAGCAUGUGGGGGAGGUGGAUCAGGGGCAGGUAGGCUGGGGGGAGGUAGAACUGGAUCAGGUGGAACUAGAGCAGGUUCAACUGCCGUGGGGUGACUCUGUAUCAUACCAGGAGCAGCAGCAGCAGCAGCCGUGGCAGCAGCAGCGCAAGUAUCAGCAACCACAGGAGCAGGUGUGGGAAGAGCAGGAGGAGGGGGAGAGCGAGAGUGUGGGCUGGAGCACGAGAGGAGUGGGUGUGGGAGAGUGUGAUGCAGAUGAUAACGGAGUGCAGGGGCGGGCAGAUGUGUGGGUGGCUGAGGAGGAGGAGGAAGAGGAAGAGGAAGAGGAGGAAGAGGGAGAGGAGAGAGAGGAGGAGGGAGAGGAGGAGGAGGGAGCGGAGGGGCAAGAAGAGAGGUUUGUUCUCAUGAACGUAGACGAUUUAAGCAAUCAGGAUGCUUCUGGGGGAGGUGUUUUCAGUGUUGCCAGGCCCCCAGGUGCUUUCACUGGUCAGAGCCUGUUGAGCAAAGGCAGAGGCCGAGGCCCUGCGCGCCCCUCCCCUGCCCGCCCUUCCCCUGCCCGCCCUUCCCCUGCCCGCCCUUCCUCUGCCUCCUCCUCCUCCGCGUCCUCUGCUGCAAGAGCGCAUGAUUCAUGGAAUGCCGCCCCGCUCCCUCACUCCGCCGUCCCUGCUUCCACCCAUUCCGCCUCUGCUUACCAUGCAUCUUCUCUGCACUAUCGGAGGAAACACGCGCUCUCCCCCCGCUCCGCCUCCCAAGCGCCUGCACCCCAUCACCGAAACCCCCCCAACCCCUUCGCCUCCCGCCCCUCUGCCUCUGCCGCUGUCUCUGCUGCUGCCUCAACCCAUGACAGUUGGAACAGCUCUGCUCUGCCCCCCGCAUUUGCUAUGAGCCAGCCUUUCAACCCCCCCAACCCCUUCGCCUCCCGCCCUUCUGUCUCUGUCUCUGCUUCAACCCAUGACAGCUGGAACAGCUCUGCUCUGCCGUCCGCCUUUGCCAUGAGCCAACCCUUCCCCCCGUCAGCCCUCCGCUCCCCCCACUCCCUCCCCCACCACACCAACCACCUCCCCCUCAGGUCCCCCCGCUUCCCCAUCCCCUCCCCUCGCCGCCCCUCCCCUCCCUCCCGCCCACCUGCUGCUGCGUCCUCUCUCCUCCUCGUUUCCCCUCACAGCCGUUUCUCUACCUCCACCCCUCCAAACCCUCCUUCCCCUCAUACCCCUCCAUCCCCCACUGCAUAUAACCAAGAAGACCCCUUCCCUCCUUCACUCUCAUCCCGCCCUGCCCCAACUCGUCCCAGCACUGCCCCUCACUCCUCCCCUCCCACUGGCACACGCGACCGGCCUGCCCGCCUCCCAGGUCCCCACCUGAGAAUCCACCUGACAGAACCUGAUUCCGAUCUAGCACCCGACUCGCUCUCUCGCCUGACUCCUGGCCCUGCUUCUGCUUCUGGUGCGGGCAGGGGCAGCAGUGGGCGCUGGAGCCACCUUCAGAGCCCACGUUUGCUUCCCAACGUGCUAAGCCCGCAUGUAGCAGCAAGCAGCCCACGCGUAGCAGCAAACAGCAGCCCGCACAUAGCAGCAAACAGCCCGCGGUUCGAUCGCCUGCACGCCCUGCCACAUGCCAAGAAGUCGCCUCUCCCUAGAGACCUCGUCCCCGAUCCCUGGGACUCCCCGGAUCGCCCUUCUUCCGUCGAUAAUCUGGGUGUAAUCAGUAAUUACCCUCAGCAAAAUCCAGGGGUACUUCCCUGGGAAGGGGACGGUGGGUAUUCGGCUGCUGGUCCAGCUUCUGAUGAGCAGCACGCGCAGUGGGAGUUUGGGAGAAGAGAGGAGCGCCCUCAGACUGCCCCGGACCGGAGCCUGCUUCGCCGAAACAGCCGCAACAGGUUUGGGGAGAGGCUCGGGGAGAGUGGGAGGUUCGGUGGGGAGAGGCUGAGGGACUUGGAGGAGCAGGAGGAGUGGGGGGAGGAGUGUGUGGAGGAGCAUGGGGAGAGGCUUGGGGAGAGGUUCGGGGAGAGGCUGACGGAGAGGUUCGGGGGAAGGUUGGGAGGACAUGACAAGUACCAUAGGAGGGGAUACAAUGGCAGAUGGGCGAGCACUGGGUCCUUCCAGGAAAGGGGACAUGUGGGGCUGCAGGGAAGGGAGGCGGGGGGAGUGCGAGGGUAUGGUGGAGGAGAGGGGAGGAGGCGCGGUGGGAUGAGUGGUGGUGGUGGUGGUGGUGGUGGUGGUGGUAAUGGUUAUGGUGGUAGCAACGCGGGGGAUUCGGAUGGGGAGGAGUGGUCAGAUGAGGAUGAUGCCAGAGCAGCAGUGGGUGGGACAGGAGGGGCUGGCAGGGGAGGAGGAUUACAAGCAGAGGGCGGGUCGAGGGGCACAGGGCUGGCAGGGAGGUACUCAGCAGCGGGGAGCGGCACGUCGCUCCUGAGGCGGCACAGUACCUCCAACCGACGCCGCCCGGCCAUGCGGUCGCUGGACGAGCGAGAGGAGGAGGGCGGCACAGAGGUGAUGAGUACGACCGGGAGACAUGAUGGUGAUGGUGAUGAUGGUGAUGAUUACGGGAUGAGCAGGCAGGAUGAGCUGUCGCCACUUCCUCCCUGGAAAGAAGGACUAGGGGCGGAGCCAGGCCCUGCAGAUCAGGGACUUGUGUCUAGCGUGGGAUUGGGGUUGGGGCGGCCGAUGGUUUCCCGGUGGGCAGGGGCAGGAGGGGGUGAAGGGAGAGAGCGCGGGCGCAGAGGUGGGAGGGAUGGGGAGUGGCAGGACAUGCCAGGCGUGUCUAUGUCGUGUGGGAGCGGGGCGGUUUGGACGGGAAGCGGGUUUAGUGGUGCACGGGGUGCUGCUUUUGAUGCUGCCCCUGCGUGGGCACCUGGUAGGGCACCUGGAGGGGCAGUUAGAGGCUCAGGUGUUUUUAGUGCCAAUGUCAGGCAGAGGCCAGGUUCGGCAUCAGGUGUGAGGGGAGUGAGUGAGAGUGUGGAAGAGGGGAGUGUGGAGAGUGUGGAGGAUCGGGAGGAGAAGGAAGAGGAGAGUGAUGGAGGUGGGAGUGUGGUGGAGUUUGAGGAUGAAAGUGAGGAAGAAGAGGAGAGUGAGGGGGAGGAGUAUGAGGAGGAAGAGGAUGAGUCAGAGGACGGGGAGGAGGAAGAGGAGGACGAGGAGGGAGAGGAUGAGUAA